AUGAAGACAUUACUGUUUAUAUUACCAAGGAUCUGGAAGGUUGAAGAGCGUGUAGCAGGAGCUGAUCUUGGUAUGGGGAGGUUACAGUUCGAUUUCGAUGAGGAGGAAGACAUUCAGGCAAUCCUACAGAUUGAACCUUUCCAUUUUGACGGGUGGAUGACGGGUGGAUGGUUGCCCUGGUCAGAUGGGAGCCCAUGA